AAACGUCGAUUCUCCUGCGCCUCGGAUGCUGCCUGGCCUGCUAAGCUUUUCCAGCACCACACUUUUCAAAACUUGACUGCCUGACAGCCUCAUGCAAUUGAUGUGCAAUGAUAUCUACACUCAUCGAUUAACCAAUUGCAAUUUGAAUAUUUUUAAGUAAACAAACAAUAAGAGUAAAUUACUAGGAGGGGAUAGUACCUCAAUUAUCACACAAGUUAUUAACAGUUACUGGUUUAUGAACAAAAAUUGUGCUUUCGUUUGAAUAAUUGGAAAUGCAAAAACAUAUAAUAAAGUGGCACCAUUAUUGCAGAUAACAGAUGGGAAGAACAUUCAACCAACAUGAAUCACAGCAAUUUCUUUCUUCAAUUGCAACUGCCAUAUUUUGCCAAUGUGGACUGAAAUGUAUAAAAGAGUGAAUCCAUUGAUCAUGGGAGGAUGGGGAAGAAUGAUUGUUUACCAAUGGAGACCAUUAUUGUGUGAUUAAAGAAAGUUUUUUUAACUUCACUCAAUCUUUUUAACUCAAUCUGUAAUUAAACUUAGCUCAAAGGUAACCUGUGAUUCAACAGGCAUAUGUUGUGAAUUGUUGUUUAACACUAAACAAGUUCUCUGGACUCCAGUAAUGCCUGUGGUUCAAAGCACCCUUCACCAGCUUCAUUCCAUGCAACUGAGUUUUCCCCUGAACUUUUUAAUCCAUUUUAUCCUAGUCCCCGAAUAAAUCAGAUAAAUCUAACAUUAGUGUAAAAUUUAGGCCAACAUCUGAAGUGAUUGACUGCAGCUGUCUGUACUUUUUCCAAGUGCCAAAUACAGUAAAUUACUUUUUCUGAAAGUCAGUAGCAUUUUAAGUUUUGGUUGUUUCAGAGAAAAGGUACUAUAAAAGAAAAUAACUUUUCUGCAUAAAGCAAUACUUGAUAAAUGAUGGAUUACUAAAAAUAUUAUGCUUUUGUUAGAGAGUUUAAUAAUAAUAGUUUAUUUUUAUACCCUGGAUGGUGAGUGAAGGGUGCUGAAGAUCAUGCCAGGAGCAACACUAGGCGCAUCUACUGUAGCUAUCUGACAUCGUCUGUCGUGAUUGAUGAAGCCUAAUGAAGCAAGGAAACAUGUGACAAAUAAGGAUUUGUCAGAGAAGCUGGCCAGAGCUAUAUAGCUAAAAGGUACCAGGAGGACAUCCUGGAAGCAGCAUGCAAAAUGAGAGAGGACUUCUUUCUGUAAGGGGCUGACCUGAAUGGAGCUAGUGGUGAACAUGAGCUGGCAGAGUAUUUUCAGGAGGUACCUUACAGCCCCUCACCCGUAAAUGUUGUUGAGGACCUGCCUGCCCUCAAGCCUGGUAUAUGCAGUGAACCAAUGACAUUGCCAUAAAGCCUUAUAUCUCAUUUAUCAUGUGGCCAUGCAGGAGAAACAGGUCCAUGAUGCCCAGAAAAGAGCCCAGACCGUAGAAAAGGACUCCAUCCUUCACAUUAACUCUAUCAUGGAAGAGGAAAUACAGAAGAUCACCAGGAAGGGUGAAUACACUAGUAUGCAUGAGGGGUAAAAUACACAUUCUCUGAUGGUGGGUGAAUAGAAACUGGAAUGUGUAGUUUAUGAGCAACAUGACCUCCAGCUCAUCUGACAGUAUACCAAGAGCCAGCUGCUUGGGAAACCUCAGCACUUCACAGGAAUUGUGCUCUGAUGUUAACAGACUACCAUCUAGACAAUCUAAAACAGUGAGUCAAUGGCACGGGCAAUGUUGAGAUGUUUGGAGGGGAUGACAUAUGCAGCCCAAUUACUGUUCCCCUCCAACCUAAAGUGGCAUCUAAAGUGCUAGUCAGGGUUUAAAGUGCUAAAAAAAUGAGGAUACCACUUUUACAGAUCUUGUUACCAUCAUUGGCACUUCUGACUGACCCAUUGUGUAGUGUGGCUAAAGACAGAAACUGCCUCUUCACUGGUGCCAAAACAACAGCUUCUGGAGGACUCUGAACAUGCACCUGCUAACGAAGCAUGACUACUGCAGGGUAUCACAGCUGGCAGCAGAGACAAGCACUCAGGCAGCACCCACCUCAUCCAAGACCACAAGAGAAGUACUGUAUAUGAGUGGCAAAGAACAGAGGCCGUGGUGUUAACCAGAACUCCGAGUUUGUCUUACCUCAUAUAUUCUGAUGAAGACACUGAAACUUUUUCGAAAGAGAUGGAAGUUGAUAGCAGCAAUGAAACCUUUUCCUGGACCCCCAGCACACUGGCUAUAUGGACAUGCACAUGAGUUUUCUCAAGAUGGGACAGAUCUAGAUAAGACUGUGGUAUGGUCACAGAAAUAUCCAUAUGGACAGCAAGUGUGGUUUGGUCCAUUUACAGCAUACUUAGCUGUAUACCACCCUGACUAUGCUAAGGCAUUGCUUGCAUCCUCAGAACCAAAAGAUGAUGUGGCAUACCGGUUUAUGCUUCCUUGGAUCGGUGAUGGUUUACUUAUAAACAGUGGCCAGAAGUGGUAUCGUCAUCGGCGACUCUUGACACCUGGAUUCCAUUAUGAUAUAUUGAAGUCGUACGUGCAAGAGAUUGCAGAGUCCACCAAGAUCAUGCUGGACAAAUGGGAGCUGCUCAGCACAAAAGAGCGGUCUGUGGAACUCUACCAUCACAUCAGCCUGAUGACAUUGGAUAGUAUUCUGAAAUGUGCCUUCAGUUUUCACAGCAACUGUCAGCUUGAAAGUAACAACUCAUAUAUCCAGGCUGUCUAUGAACUUGGAUUCCUUGCUAGUGAACGAUUUAAAACCUUCCAGCAUCAUUAUGACCUUAUCUAUUACCUCACCCCUAAUGGGAUCAGAUUCCGGAGAGCCUGCAACUUGGCUCAUGAACACACGGAUAAAGUAAUACAUCAGAGGAAGGAGGCGCUGAAAGAUGAAAAGGAACUUGAACGAAUCAAAGAAAAGAAGCAUCGUGAUUUCUUAGAUAUUCUUCUGUGUUCAAGGGAUGAAAAUGGAAUUGGACUAUCCGAUGAAGACCUACGAGCAGAGGUUGAUACAUUCAUGUUUGAAGGCCAUGACACUACAGCGAGUGGAAUCUCCUGGCUGUUGUACUGUUUGGCUCAACACCCAGAACACCAGCAGAAGUGUAGAGAAGAGAUCCAGGAGCUCCUCGGGGGCCAGGAGAAAUUUGAAUGGGAAUUCUUAAGUAAUAUGCCUUACACCACAAUGUGCCUAAAGGAAUCACUACGGCUUUAUCCCCCUCUACCAGGAGUGUCCAGGAAACUGAGCAAGCCACUCAUAUUCCCUGAUGGAAAGCAAGUACCUGCAGGUUGUCUGGUUGCAUUAAGUAUCUACUCCCUCCACAGGAAUCCAAAUUUCUGGGAUGAUCCUGAGAAAUUUAACCCAUUGAGGUUUACUCCAGAAAAUUCAGAAAAUAGGCACCACCAUUCCUACAUGCCUUUCUCUGUCGGACCAAGGAACUGCAUUGGUCAGCACUUUGCCAUGAAUGAAAUGAAGGUGGCUGUCGCUCUAAUUCUUAAUCGAUUUGAACUGGAGGUUGAUGAAGUAAAUCUACCAAUUAAAACACCCCAAAUAGUCCUCCACUCGAAAAAUGGAAUACAUCUGAAGAUUAAAAAGCUGGAGAAGUAAAUCCAAAAAAAAGAUAAUUCUGCAAUGUCUUUCUGCCAGCUGACAAAAUUAGUAACUAUUCUUAAAGUAGCAACUUCAAGAAUAGACAAAUUAAUUUAAAAGUGAAUAAUAAUUUUUGCUGUAAAACACUGGAAGGUCAACUUGAACUUUGUUUGGAAAUGUAAGAUUGAUAAUCAAGAAUCAGGAGUGAUAUAAAAUGGGCUGCUUAUUUUCUA